AUGAUAACUUCUGAAAAUGAACUCCAAUCCAUUAAUCGUGAUAAACAAUUAACACAAAAGCGAAUAUUAUUUAGUAUAAUUUUUCUAUGUCUUGUUCAAAUAAUUGUUCCAGACAGUUUUUUGCAUUUAAAUGAAAAAACAUGGAAUGCAAAAAGAUUAAUUGUUGUCACUUGUGUACUUUAUACUAUUCGUGUAUUCAUACAUUAUAUACAUAUAUCAUUAGCUAGAUACGUAUUUUUAACAAAAAAUGAAUUAAAACAACUUGGUCUAUUGGCACCAGAAACCGGCUUUGUUAUAUGUGAUGCUCCUCAAGUAGCUGAAGCUGCUUUUAAUCGUCAUAAAUAUCUUAAUAGAUUUUUAUGUUGGAUUUCACCACAAUUAUUAUAUACAUCAAUUCUUGGUCAACAAAAAACAACUAAUCCAACUCUUCCAUUACGUGUACUGACGGCUACUCUCGCUGAUCGUAUAGCAUCUUUAGUAAAUAUCCGUUCAGUAACUUCACCAAAUAAAUUUGAUCAACAGAGAGACUUAGUUGAUCAUACCAAUUCAACUAUUGCUACUCCUGAUCCAUUAGCAACAUUAAGAAAUAGUGUCUAUUGGCAAUCAUCUCCGGAAUCACCUUCAACAAAUUUAAGUGAUUGUUCACGUUAUCUAAAUGAAUUUGAACGUGAAGCAUUAGAUUUAUCAAAUGCAAGUCAUAGUCGAAGUUUAAAUGAAUCUUUUUGUCGAAGUCCUAUUAUUUCAACCAAUGCUAUGAAUGAUACUGUAGCCGAACUUCGAUCUCGUCCAUAUCAAAUGGCACAUGUUCGUUCAGCAACAAAUCAAAAUGGAUCAACAGUAGUUGAUGAUGAUGCACGUAAAUCUGAUUAUAAAAGAAUUGUUAGUAGCGGCACUGGAUCUGGUAGUGGUCAAACAGGUGGCACACAAAAUACAGUUAAAUGGCGUAAAGUACGUAUUGAUGGACCACAAUUAUUUGUUUUACGUGAAAAUAUGCGCAAAUGGCUAACAAAAACAAUUCUUAUUCCAUUAACACGUGACAUUGAAAAUGUCAAUCAAUCAUUAAUUGCUCUUGGUCAUACAGAUAUUGUUAUCGGAAUUCUUUUCACGCUGCAUCUCCUGGAUCUUGACACUGUUCGAACUCAUUAUGGUGGUCUGAUUGUUUUUAUCACAUUUUUAAGUCGAAUUAUAUUUGUUGGAUUCUGUUGGAGUUAUGGUACAGUAAUUGUUCAAUUUAAAAAAGAAAAUCCAAUGAUAUCAGAUACAGAAUUAAGUUGGAUUGGUAGUAUUGGUCAAAGUUUUGGUGGUCUUCUUGCUCCAUUAAUACUUUUCUUAGCUCGUCAAUAUGGAUAUCAAAUACCAUUUAUUCUUUCACUUAUCACAUGUGUUAUUUCAUUAUUAAUUUCAUCAACUGUUCGUAAUGUUCAUUGGUUAUUAAUAACCUAUUCAUUUCCAUAUGGUUUUGCUAAUUCAAUUAUUUUCAUUCUUGGUACAUUAAUUUGUGGUCUUUAUUAUCCUGUUAGUCAAUAUUCCAAACAUAUUAUUGUUAUGUGUAUUAUUUCAACAGGAUUUCCACUAGGUUAUCAUAUUAUGAGUGCUUUAGUAUUCUCAUCAAUUGAACAUUAUGGAUGGCAAUCAAUGAAACGACGUAUUGCAUUAUUAGAAUUAUUUGCUAGUUGUAUACUUGGUCCAAUUUUUACUACGAAAUAUUUAGCAAGUACAGCAUCAGAAUAUUAUCAUACAACAAUAGCAGCUACACAAAAUACUAAUAAUCGAAAAAUUUAUUUUUCAUUAACAAUUAUUGUUUGGAUGUUAGGAAUAUUUACAACAGUAUCUGCAGUUAACAAUUUUCUUCUUCAUUUACAUAGUUAUUUGGAAUAUGUUCAUAUUGCUCCAGCUCGUGCUGAUCUUUGGUUUCGUUUACAUGGUCUAUUCGAUGCAUUAUUUCGUCUUUUAAUUCCAUUUUUUAUUCGUUUAUAUCCAAUAAAUAUUAUUUAUCUUUUUCCAAUAUGUGCUUUUACUGGUUUUAUUUGCUUAAUAUUAACAUUUGGUCUACUCUAUACAAGUGUACAUGCAUUAGCUAUUCUACCAAUUGUUUUAUUUAGUUUUACAUCAGCUGUUACUACAUCACUUCAAUAUACGAUUUCGAGUCAACUCUUCCCAAAUGAUCAAACGGAACAAGGCUAUAUCUAUCAUGUAAUUGUUACAAGUCUUGGUUUAAUCAUUGGUCCAGUGGUUGGAGGUACGAGUAUAUGUAUAUUUCUUGGGAGUUGA